AUGGAGGAGUACAUCAAGGAGUUUGAGAAGCUUUCCAUUGUUUGUGACAUAGAAGAAAUGGAGGAGCAAAAACUAGGCCGAUUCUUAGGAGGCCUAAAUGAAGAUGUACGUGAGAAAGUAGAGGUGUAUCCAUACCUUACUUUCGAUGAAGCAUGCAAGGUGGCUAUAAAAAUUGAUAGCCAAAAGAAGAAAUCAGUUGCAAGUUAUGGUCAUUACCAAUCUGCUUGUCCUACCAAAAGAGUCAUGACUAUAAGAGAUGUAGAGGAAAUAGAAAAGUUGGAAAAAGAAUCUCUUUUAGAGAUGGAACAUGAUAAAAGUGAAAGUGAGGAAGAGGACUUGUGUAAUCCAGAAAUGGAGGGUGAAACUUUGCUAUGCAAGUUAAUCAUAGAUGGUGGUAGUUGUACUAAUGUAGCUUCAACUGAACUUGUAGAGAAGUUAGAAUUACCUACUACUAAACAUCCACAUCCUUAUAAACUGAAAUGGUUAGAUGAUGAUAGUGAAGUAAGGGUGAAAAAUAGAGUUUUAAUCACUUUUUCAAUUGGAAACUAUGAAGAUGAAAUUCUAUGUGAUGUGAUUCCUAUGACUGCUUGUCACAUUCUACUUGGUAGACCUUGGCAGUUUGAUCGAAAAGUUAUUCAUGAUGGUUCUACUAAUGUAUAUAAGAGGGAGUGGAGAUUAAAGGAUCCAAAUUUGAGGGAGUUACUAGAGGAAUUUAGGGAUGUGUUUCCUAAUGACCUACCACCUGGCCUACCCCCUAAACGUGGAAUUGAGCAUCAAAUUGAUCUAAUUCCCGGAGCACCGAUUCCAAAUAAGCCUUCCUAUAGAUGUAACCCAAAAGAAAGUGAGGAGUUACAAAGCCAAAUCAGUGAGUUAGUGAAGAAAGGCUGCGUGAGGGAGAGUAAAAGCCCUUGUGCUGUUCCGGCUUUACUUGUGCCAAAAAAAGAUGGAACGUGGAGGAUGUGUAUUGAUAGCCGUGCUGUGAAUAACAUAACCAUAAAAUACAGAGUUCCUUUCCCUAGAUUGGAUGACAUGUUAGAUGAGUUGAGUGGUUCCAAGGUAUUUUCGAAGGUUGAUUUGAGGAGUGGGUAUCACCAAAUAUGCAUGAGAGAGGGAGAUGAGUGGAAGACAGCUUUCAAAACGAAGUAUGGGUUGUAUGAGUGGCUGGUUAUGCCAUUUGGUCUCACAAAUGCUCCUAGCACGUUCAUGAGAUUGAUGAAUGAAGUUCUUAGGCCAUUUUUGGGAAAAUUCGUGGUUGUCUAUUUGGAUGAUAUUCUUGUUUACAGUUCUAACAAGGAUGAUCACUUAAAUCAUUUGCAACAACUGUUCGAAGUUUUAAGAGAGCAAAAACUCUAUGGCAAGCUUGAAAAGUGCACGUUAAUGCAAAGGGAGAUUGGUUUUCUUGGCUUCAUCAUUUCAGAUGAAGGUGGAUCCAUCCAAAGUGGAGGCGAUUUCCUCUUGGCCGGUUCCAAAAACUAUCACUGA